GAUUACUUUAAUAUAUAUUCUUAAAAUAUUUUUCUAAUAGUUCAUGUUUUCAAGUUCAUAACAAAUUGCCUAUCAAAACCCGACCAUUUUUCGCACGGAAUCGAACACAAAACAGCUGUCUCGCUAGCAACUGAGCCUAAGCUCUCCAUUCACAACGUUCCCCAUCAGAGAGAGACGGCACCAAAACAAAACAUACCGAUACAGUUCCCACCGCAGCAACCCCUGCGUAAGAGAGAGACAAACACAUGUUUGGGGCUACAACUCAUAACCGGGAUGGCUGGAUAGAAAGCAAUUGAAUUUUGCUUGUACAGUUACGGACGGGUAUCCUCAUAAGGUGAUCGGCCACCGUCCAGGGUAGACGUGUCGUGUUAAAUAAGUUCUAAAUACAUCGUGAAGUGACAAUGCCGUGUAGUGAAGAUGAUGACUCCCAAACCGGGUUCUCUGAACCAAGCCACGGGAUGUCGAAGGCAGAAUUGCGAAAGACGAAUAAACCAAUAAUGGAGAAGAAGCGGCGCGCGCGCAUCAACCACUGCCUCAACGAGCUGAAGGAAUUGCUCGUAGAUAGUGAAAAAGACCCAGCUCGCCACGCCAAGUUAGAGAAGGCGGAUAUCCUCGAGCUGACCGUGAAACAUCUUCAGAAGAUGCAGCGUCAGCAGCUGGCCGCCGCCAUCGCCGCGGACCCGGCAGUGCUGCAGCGCUUCAAGGCAGGCUUCAGCGACUGCGCCGUCGAGGUGCGCCGCUAUCUGUCCCGCCUCGCCAGCGUCCCCACCGGACUCAGACACCGGCUGGGCAACCACCUAACAUCAUGCGUAGGAGGCAUGGACACUCUCCAACCAAGAGACUACGCACCUCUACUCCCUGAUCCUCUAAGACUAGACGAUGAGAGACCAAGCGCGUUCCACUUCGUCAAGUCCACCCGACCCACAAGCCCUCCUCUCAGCCCUCUCUCCUGUGACUCAGCCUGCGACUCCUCUACAGAACUCGAAACUCCUCCAAGACCAGUCCAGACGUUCCCGUUCCCCACCCCGCCCAGCAGAUCCGCCUCAGAUCAAGACUCCAGCCCAGAAACACAGAAACCAACAGUGUCGUCAACCACGAUAUCACCAGAAAACAGACAAGAACCGUUAAGACAUAAGAAAUUCAUGGAGCCGUUAUCAAUAGUGAUCGAUGUGGAGAACUAUAAAAUAGGAAUCGAUGCGUCACCAAAGAGGGCGGUGGACUACUCUAUGCGGCACAAGUUAAAGCGGCCGGUGAUGGAAGUGUCGGGUCCUGCGCCGAAGAUGAUCAGAACUGAGGAGAAAAUUCCUGAAAUCUACAGAACCCCAGACAAAUCCGCGUUCACGAGAGUGUCGGACAGAAUACCAGUGUUUCACCCCAAAAAGUUAACCGUUCCUGAGAGCAUUCCUUCAGUUAGGGAAUCUGCUUUCGAGGUCCAGCCUCCUGUACCACGAACUGUGAUAAGUCACACGGCGGCGUCGCUAGCGCAGUCCUCACAACAGAACGCACCCAGAGAUUUGAAGGUGGAAGCUGACACCAGCUCCAAGUCCCCAAGCCAAGGUACUUCGUCCAGUACCGAGAUGUGGCGACCUUGGUGAAAAGCAAACUACGAGUACAAAACAUUACAGUUUUGUGUGAAAAUGUCUGAAGUAUCUGUCGACAU